AUGUUGAGGCAUGGCGGGAGGCGGAGCUAUCAAAAGACUCUAUAUGGACUCGCGACAGCGGAUAGAGGGCGUACCGCGGCGUCCAGACGGCGGUAUGCUUCGGUAGCAGAAGGCUUGAGGCCGGGCCAGCAGCUGCAUGGCUUUACUCUACAAGAUAUCAAGCAUGUGCCUGAGUUGCAUCUGACGGCGUUCAAGCUUGAACAUGACAAGACCGGUGCCCAAUAUCUACACGUCGACAGAGACGACAAGAACAAUGUCUUCGCCGUCAACUUCAAGACAAACCCAAUUGAUAGGACCGGCCUGCCACACAUCCUGGAGCACGUCACAUUAUGUGGCAGCGAGAAGUACCCUGUUCGAGAUCCCUUCUUCAAGAUGAUGCCGCGCUCGCUCGCCAACUUCAUGAAUGCCUUCACGUCAUCCGAUUACACCUCAUAUCCUUUUGCCACCACAAAUGCAAAGGACUACCGCAAUCUGUCCGAAGUCUACCUGGACGCCACAUUCCGCCCGUUACUUAAGCGUACCGAUUUCCUCCAGGAAGGAUGGCGACUUGGACCAGAGGAUCCUCGUGCUAAGGCCACCGCAGACAACGUCAUCUUCAAGGGCGUCGUGUACAACGAGAUGAAGGGACAGAUGUCCGACGCCAGCUACUUGUUCUACGUCCGCUUUCGAGAACACCUCUUCCCUUCUCUGGAAAACUCCGGCGGUGAUCCAGAGAAGAUGACCGAUCUCAGCUACGAGAGUCUCGUCAAGUUCUCCCGACAGAACUAUCAUCCGAGUAAUGCAAAGCUCUUCUCAUACGGCAACUUCCCGCUAGCGCCGCGACUGGAGACCGCAGAUGGCGUACUCUCAAAGUUCGACAAAAGGCAAGCCACCCAAGAGGUCAAGCCACCCAUCGAUCUGAGCCAAGGCCCUCUUCAUUUCAAGACUGUCGGUCCGUUGGACUCUAUGCAGCCUACCGAUCGUCAAGUCAAAGCCUCGAUCACGUGGCUUGGCUGUGAACCUGCCGACAUCGUCGAGUCGUUCGCCAUCAGCAUCAUGUCCUCACUGUUGAUGAAUGGCUAUGGCUCGCCACUGUAUCAAGGUCUGAUCGAGUCUGGUCUGGGCACGAACUUCAGCCCAAAUACUGGCUAUGAUUCGGCCGCCAAAGUUGGCACUCUGACUAUCGGACUCGACGGUAUGAGCGCAGAAGACGCCUCGAGCUUGAAGGAUCGCAUUCAGACGACACUCCGAGAAAAGGCUCAUGAAGCCUUUGCGCCUCACAAGAUCGAGGGCUAUAUGCAUCAACUGGAGCUUGCUCUCAAACACAAAACCGCUGGCUUUGGCAUGAGCUUGCUUGAGAAGACUGUCCCAAGUUGGUUCAACGGCGUCGACCCCUUCAAAUCUUUGACCUGGAAUGAAGUGGUCGACUCUUUUAAGCAGAGGCUACAGCAGGAAGGCUACCUGUAUAGCCUCGUCGAGAAAUACUUGUUAAAUGACAAGUGUAUGUCUUUCAUGAUGGCUCCGCAAGAAACAUACAACGCAGAUCUAAUUGCCCGCGAAGAGCUUCGCAGGCAGAGCAUUCUACAGGAACUGGUGUUUGAUUCCAGUAAUCCAGAAGCAGCAUUGUUGAAACUUGGACAACAGGAGCUUAAGCUUCUGAACGAACAAGAGACUGCUCAAUCCAGCAAUAUCGAGACACUGCCUACUUUGCGCGUUAGCGAUAUACCUCGCACCACCGAAAGCAAACCACGAUAUCACGCCAGUAUAGGCAAGGUUGACACACUUUGGCGGGAGACAUCCACAAACGGUAUUACAUACUUCUCGGCAAAGCAUGUUCUCCGCAACGUAGCAGACGAGCUACGACUGCUGUUUCCACUCUUCAGCGAAUCUCUGAUGAGACUCGGUACAAAGCACAAAUCGGUUGGAGACAUCGAAGCGGAAAUCCUGCUUCGCACAGGAGGCAUCUCGAUAUCACCCUUCGCCAGUCCAGACCCCCACGAGGACGAUCUGGUCCAUGAAGGCUUCUCACUCGAUGGCUAUGCUCUCGAUCACAAUGUGCCUGCAAUGUUCGACCUCAUGCGAAGCGUGCUCCUGGAGGUGGACUUCGAUAGCCCGACGGCCAAGAAAGCCAUUCAGGAACUGCUGGAGUCCAAAACUUCGGGAGCGCUUGACGGCGUGGCCGAGUCUGGCAACUCCUUUGCCGUAACAAGUGCCGCAUCAGCAUUGUCACGGCGUGGCAUCUUGCAAGAUCAGCUCUCCGGUCUGACUCAGAUCGAAGCCACUGCCCAAAUGCUUGAGCAGUCACGAGCUGAUCCGGCCUCACUUGAGACAGUUAUCGACAAGCUCAAGAAGAUCCAAUCCAUUGCCAUAUCGAACACGGCCGACCUCAGUCUACGCGUCGUUUGCGAACCAACAGCAGUGUCUGUGAAUACUCGACACAUCGAGAGCUUCCUAUCUCAGCUGCCCUCGUCGCCUUUGCCGCUAUCAUCUAUCGUCGGCUCGAACACAUUCCUGUCGAGACGAGCAUUCUUUGACCUUCCAUUUCAAGUCUCAUAUGCUGGAACAUGUCUCAAGACCGUCCCGUAUUCAUCACCAGAUAAGGCGCCCCUCAUGAUACUUGGUCAGCUCUUGACGCACAACUUCAUGCAUCCAGAAAUACGCGAGAAAGGCGGUGCCUACGGCGGCUCUGCUUCAGCAAGUCCCAUCAGCUCACUCUUCACCAUGUCCUCCUACCGCGACCCGAACCCUCGGAACACACUUAGUGUCUUCGAGCGUGCUGGCUCGUAUGCUCGAGACAAGGCCUGGACAUCUCGUGAGCUCGAAGAGAGCAAGCUGGGUCUCUUUCAACACAUCGACGCACCCACGAGUGUGAGUGGUGAUGGCAGCAAGGAGUUCGUGUUCGGCAUCACUGAAGAAAUGGAACAACGGACUCGAGAGCGGUUACUGGAUACCACAAAGGACGAUAUACAGCGAGUUGCCCAACAGUAUCUUGUGGAUCUGCCAGCUGAUCAACGCUCGAUUUGUCUACUGGGCGAACAGAAGGAGUGGAUCGGUCAAGAUCCGAAGCCGUGGCAAGUUCGGCAUCUGAGGAUGGCUGCUGACGACGCUGACGACGCCGACGAGGGCGUCUCUGUUUGA